GGUUCAAUUGAAAGUAAAUAUAGGCCUUGGUCGAUCAGCUGUUUCGUACUCCAGUAGUGCUGAAGUGAAAGAGAUCGUUAAAUUCAUCGUGAUCUAUUUCGUCUAUAAUCUUUAUACAUUUAUGUAGAGUAUUAAUGAUUAGCAUACAAUAAAAACCAUCAACUUGAACCAGCUUGAACCUGAAAUAGAGCUGGGUUUUUUGCCAAUGUACUGCAGGUUACUCUGUGUCAACCGGCAAAGCAUCGACCAAUCAAACGGCUUGUAAAUCAUCGUCUGAAUAACCAUUGCAAAGAUCUACGGCUUUAGUGUUCAACACCCGGUUCAGAUAAACAGCACUGUAGAAAAAUGCAACGUUCCCAAACCAUCUUGGAUACUGGGAAGCUAUUACUGCUGAACAUUAACAGGAGUUUUUCAAAGAACUAUGGAUGUACAUCGCCUAUGAAGGUCUUAGUCUCGUUCGAUGGGUGUGUCGCUGCUAGUGAGGCCCACUUCCUGAAGGAGUAUCGCCGACGAUUUCCACACGAGCCGUACGUAAGGGUGGAGGAACGAGAGGGCAUCCCAUUAGCACAUCAGUACGGUCGACUUCGUCCUGAUCUUGUCAAUAAUGUUGAGACUAUUCUAAAGACGUCAGGCUUUUUCGUCAAAAUGGCACCAAUCACAGGAGCUAUACAGGCGCUGAAGGAGAUGCAAAAUAGUGAAGAAUUAGAUGUCUAUUUAUAUGUUUGUCCGAAUCAGAAUUCACCCAAAGCAUUGCAUGAAAAGUUUCAAUGGAUACAAAAAAACUUAGGCCAAGUGUUUGUGGAACGUUUGAUAGUUGCCAAGGACCACGCAAUGCUCAAAGCUGAUCUACAUAUCGACUGGAAGGAAAACUGUGAUGGUAAGGCGUUUUUACAACACAAUGAUCCUAAUGUAUUCCAUUUGGAGUGUCUGUUCUUAAUGAACUUUCUUCAUUAAAAAAAUCCUA